AUCCCUUCUCUGCGCUCAAGUAGCAGAACCCAGCUUCCGCGUCAUUGAAUUCGGACCCACGGCCCCACCCGCGAGGGCGCCGGACCCCUUUUUCUGAAGGCCAGCCAGUAGCAGCGUCCUCGGGCACGCUCCCACUGCUUCUGCCAUUUGCCGACUGCGAAUAUCGUGGCGUCGUCAGUGGGAGCCGCGGCCGCUGCAGCCGCCGCGGUCGCCGCAGCUCAAGCCCGGCGGGACCUCCGCACUCACACCGGCAGUAGCAGCAACAGCGGGAGCAGCAGCGGCAGUAGCACAGGCGACAACACAGGCAGCGAUACGGCAGCAGCACGUGGCUACGGCGGUGGGGACCUGAGGUCGAGCGCGGAGGCAGUGCGUCACGGCGGCGCAGGCCGAAUGCCGCCCUCCGACGCCGGGUCGCGAAGCCCCGGCAUGAGUGGUGGUGUUGGUGGUGGUGGCGGCGACGGCGGUCAUCUUGACAGGCGGAUGAGGGGCGGCGUGGGUGGCAAUGGGCUGUGGCACCCGCCGCCGCCGCAGCCCCUUCAACAGCAACAACAGCAGCAGCAGCAGCAGCAACAACAGCAGCAGCAGCAGCAGCAGCAGCAGCAGCAGCAGCAGCAGCAGCAGCAGCAGCAGCAGCAGCAGCAGCAGCAGCAGCAACAACAGCAGCAGCCGCCCCUUCAACAGCAGCAGCAGCCGCCACGGGGCGUCUUCCCCGGGCUCCAGCACAAGGCCACGCCCUACCCAGACCGGCACGCACACACGCUCCAGCCCCACCCGCCGCGCCCGCACCCCCACCCCCAGGCCGCCAGCCCCGCCGCCGCCCCGCCGCACCUCUCCCCCGCGCCCUCCGACGAACUCCCUCCCGCCGCCGCCCCAGCCUCGCGCGGCGCCGCCGCCGCCCACCCCACCGCCCCCAUCCCGAUCCCCACCCCCACCCCCACCCCCACCUCCGCCUUCCCCUCCGCCUUCUCAACCGCCGCCGCCUUUUCAACCACCGACGCCGCCGGCGGCGCCGCCGCCGCCAGCCCCGACGCCAACCCUGCCGCCGUGUCAGCUCAGUGGCACCGGGAUGAGGAGCGGCGGCGGCGCAACCUGCUGCUGAGUGCGCGACUGCAGAGCGGCGAGGUGCAGGGCGUGACGGGGGGGCUGGCGCCGCCACCGGUGCGGGACGCCGAGGGAGAGAUGGCCCUGGAGCUAGCGGUGCCCGAGGCCUACGGAUACGCCGGCGGCAGCACUGGCGGCGGCGCCGUGACCGGCGGCGGCGGCGGCCGCCUGAAGCACGCCAGCAGCCUCGACGACACCGGCGCCGCCACCGGCUACAACACCGGCAGCGGCAGUGGCGGCGGCAGCAGCCGUCCAAGCGGCGCCGCCGGCGAGAGCGGCGGCCGCCAAAGCGGCGGCUGGGCGGCGGCGCUGAUUCACCGCAUGCAGCGAGCCGCCAGUGGCGUCACCGCCGCCGCUGACGCGCCUGAAAGGACCACAACCUCGGAGCCUUACUCCCCGAAUGCUACUGCCGCUGCCGCCGAGGCCGGUGCAGCUGACGCCGCGGCCACCGGUGCUGGCGGUGCUACUGCCGCCGCCGCCGUCGCCGCCGCGGAGAGUGGCGGCGGCGGCGGCGGCGCGUACGGCGACCUGCUUGCUCCUCUGGCUCCUGAGCAGCAGGUGGUGUUGCGGUUCGACCACAUCAGCUCUUUUGUGUCGGCGCAGCUACAGCCGCCGUCGGCACGGCAGCGGCUGCAGCAGGCGGCGGCGUGGGUCGGCAGCUGCUGGGGCAGCAGCCGUGGCGGCGCCGCCGCCGGCAGUAGCGGCAGUAGCAGCAGCAAAGGCGGCGGCAGUAGCAGGAAUGGCAGCGGUGGCAAACCUGGAGGCGGCAAAGGAGCAGGAGCAGGCGGGGGAGGAGGUGGAGGUGGAGCGGCUGCGGCGGCUGCGGCGGCGGCUGGCUCGGUUGUGCCGCGGCGCCAGAUCCUGUUCGACGUGUCCGGCCGUGUGGUGCCGGGCGAGGUGUUGGCGCUGAUGGGCCCUAGCGGCAGUGGCAAGACCAGCCUGCUGAGUGUGCUGGGCGGUCGGGCGCCGCCGGCAGUGACGGUGGCGGGCGCGGUGACGGUGGCGGGCUCGCCGCUGAGUAAGGGGGUGCGGAGGCAGAUUGGGUUCGUGCUGCAGGACGACGUGCUUUAUGAGUCGCUGACGGUGCAUGAGACGCUGCUGUACGCGGGUCUGCUGCGGCUGCCGCGGGGGAUGGCGGCGGCGGAGAAGCGGCGGCGGGUGGAGGGCGUGAUGCGGGGACUGGGGCUGGCGAGGAGCAGGGACACCAUCAUCGGCGGCUUCUUCCGGAGGGGCAUCUCGGGCGGCGAGCGCAAGCGGGUGUCGGUGGGUCACGAGCUGCUCAUCAACCCGGCAGUGCUCAUGUUGGACGAGCCCACCAGCGGCCUGGACUCCACCACGGCCCUACACCUGGUGCAGCUGCUGCGGCAGCUGGCUGCGGGCGGUCGCGCGGUGGUCACCACCAUCCACCAGCCCAGCAGCCGGCUGUAUGUGCGGCUGGACCGCGUGAUGCUGCUGGCGGAGGGACACGUCCUGUACUGCGGGGACGCAAACAUGGUGGGGGACUGGUUCGGGCGGCUGGGGUUUGGGCUGCCGUACGGCGUGUCACUGGCGGACUUCAUCUUGGACUGCGCCACGGGCGAGGUGGCGGCCAGCCAGGAGGCGGCGGACCAGGCGGCGGCGGGCCUGGGCCGCCGCGGCUCCGCCUCCCACACCGCCGCCAUGGCCUCCCACGGCGCCAACGGCGGCGGCUCCGGACACGGCGGCAGUAGCAGCAGCAACGCCGCUACUGCCGCUGCUACUGCCGCUGCUACUGCCCAGCCGGCGCUGCAGCUGCCACCGGUGCAGGCGGUGGCGGGGCUUAGUGGCCGCUCGGCGCUCGUGUCGCUGUACACCACAUUUGAGCGCUGGUACGCGCAGCACCCCGACGGCCUGACGCGGCGCGAGCAGCUGUGGCACGUGCGGCUACAGCUGGUGGAGGCGGGGGCAGCAGGCGGCAGCGUGCGGGGGGGAGCAGCAGCAGGAGGAGGGACAGGAGGUGGUGUGUCGCCGGUGCCGGAGGCGGCAGAGGACCUGUCGCCUUCGGGCGCCGAGGACGCCUCGCCCCGCUCUGAAGGCGACAAGGACAAGAAGCAGCAGGGCGAGCAAGAGCUAAGCAAGCAGCAGCAGCAGCAGCAGCAGCAGCAGCAGCAGCAGCAGCAGCAGCAGCAGCAGCAGCAGCAGCAGCAGCAGCCGGUGGCUGACGGCGGUGGCGGCGGCGGCGGCAGUAGCAGCAGCCAGCGGGCCGCGGCCGCCGCCGCCAGUCCCUUUGCAAUAGCGGGCAUGGCGGCACCAGCUGGUGAAGCUGCCGCCGCCGAUGCUGCUGCCGUUAAAGAUGGCAACAACGGCGGCGGCGGCGGCGGCGGCGGCGGCGGCAAGGGCAAGGGCAUUCCUGGUGGAGGUGGCGGUGGCGGCGGCGGCCGUGGCGGUGCAACUUAUUGGCAGCAGAUCCGCAUCCUCACCACCCGCGCCAUCAAAGUCCGAAGGUUUGAGUCGUUGUCGGGUCAGAACCUGGGUCAGCUGGUGGCGGUGGCGCUCAUCACAGGGCUGCUGUGGUUCCAGCGGGGCCGCGGCGCCAGCAUCGGGGUGGGCGCGGACGUGACUGGGCUGCUGUUCUUCGAGCUGCUGUUCCCCAGCUUCAGGUCUCUGUUCUCGGCGCUGUUCACAUUCCCCAACGAGUACCGCAUGCUCAAGAAGGAGCGGCCCGCGGGCAUGUACCGGCUGUCGGCCUACUACGCCGCCCGCACCGCCUCCGACCUGCCCAUUGAGCUCAUCUACCCCUCGCUCUUCAUCAUCAUCGUCUACUGGCUGGGAGGACUGCGGCCCAGCGCGGGCGCCUUCUUCGCCAACUGGGCCGCCAUGCUGCUUGUGGUGCUGCUGGCCCAGAGCUGGGGACUGCUGUUCGGAGGGACCUUCAUGGACCCUAAGAGCGCGCAGACAGUCACCACUGUUGUUAUGCUGACGUUCCUGCUUGUGGGCGGCUUUUACGUGAAGCAGGUGCCGGUGUGGAUAGGCUGGAUCAAGUACAUUAGCUUCGUGUACUGGGGUUACAACCUGAUGCUCAAAAUCCAGUUCGGCGGCGCCACCUACCUGGGGGCCGGCGGCGAGCCCGUCAAUGUGCAGCACUCUCUGGGCCUGCCCACGGACCCCAACUCCAGCACUGCGCCCGAGGUGCUUGUGCUGCUGGCAAUGCUGGUCAUACUGAGGAGCUUGACCUACGUCGUGUUGCGACACAAAACCGAGGUGCGCCAGCCCAAGCAGCCGGCGGCGGUGGCGGCGGCGAUGGCGGCAGGUGGCGUGGCGGGCGGCGGCGGCGGGAACGGAGGGGGCAAGCCGGCGGGUGCAGCGGCGGCGGGUGCGGGGAGGGCGACGGCGGCAGGGCAGGGUGAGGCCAGGCGGCAGAGGGAGCUGACGGGAGGGGAGAAGGUGGCGGGGCCGGUUGCAGGUGGCGGCGGCGGCGGCGGCGGCGGCGGCGGCGGCAGCAGCGGCGGCCGGGUGUGAGGUUAGCUAGGCCUCGCUCGGAUGUAGCCGGUGGCGGUAUGGUGGGCGUGUAUGCCGGUCCCGGCAAGAAGCGUGGCCAACGCCGCCGGUAGAGGUGCGAGACACACAAUGUUUCAAGCGAGGGGCCGCGCGACUGGUUUGGCGCGUGCCCAUGUUCGUUGAUGUAAUGCUACUGGCGAGAGGAAUACAUUCGGUAUGAAAAGUCAUACGUGCGGGGUACGGGGUACAGCAAUUCAUGUACGGCAAUGGCUGGAACGGACAUGACGUGAGGGAAGGGGUGACGUACUUUCGGGGCCGCAGUGAAGCAGGCGAAGGUCAAGGUGUGCUAAUGUCCAUGCUGACAUCAGCACGUGCAGCUUGCGAAGUGGUGAAGGUCAUGGACUCAUGGUGAGGGGCAAGGUGAAGGUGUUAAGUUGUGGUGUGAGUGCAGUGCCGUUAUGCAAAGCGCUACUGAGCAGUUGCGCGAUGGGAUCUACAGACGCGCCAGGGCAGGCCGGCAGGGGAGGGGGCGAGGGAGGGGGGGCCGCAGUCCCGGUGAUGCUUGCAUGGUUGCACCAGCGUGCUUGGCUUUGCCUGGGCCUCUGGCUGCGGUAGGUGUGACACAUGUGUGAUACAUUCGACAUAUGUGCAGUAAUGUGCGUUAGCGUUGCCCGGCUGUAUGGGGGCAUCGAGCUGUAUGUAUGGCAGUAUGGGGUGUGUAAGGGUGGUGACGUGUGUUCAGGUCUGUUGGCGCAUGUCGAUUGUUUCGUUGGUCUGUUCGAUAGGUGGUGAGAGGUUGAGCGCCGUGGGGGUGUCGAGGCGCUGUGGCAGCACUGUGGUGUUGGGUGCCAGAGCCCAGGGCAAGUGCACAGCUG